AUGAGUAUACCGCCCAUCUCACUCGAUUCAUCAUGGAGGACCGAGUCUCCCCCCAAUCGCAGAUCAGGAGCGGGAAAAGAGAGAGAGGUAAUUUGGGAUGUCGAUAAUCUACCUAACGGGCUGGAUGCUUUGGGGUUGAUAAGUCCGCCAGCAAAGAAAGAUGAAAUACAAAAACACAAGGAGAAGGAGGAUAGAGAUGGACCGUCAGGGGUGAAAGUGUUGGCGAGGAUCAUGGAUACUAGUAAAGGACGAGAUAAGGUGCUGAAAUGUAUACAAUACUCCUUACGGACCUACCUUUACUUAUUAUCGCUAAUAUCGAGGAUACGACCUUUAUCACCUUGGUUCAAGUCGAAUUCGAAAAGAAUGAAAAUAGCCAUCUCUGGUUUAUCCAUGACCAGAAAAUGCCUCCUCCUCCUUAACCCAUUACAUCCCCUAUCUGACCUCCUAUCGCACGAACCAAUGUCUCCCCGCACACUCGUCGGACACCUCAUCGACCUCUUCUCGGCUCUGUCGGACGAUAUAUACUGUUUGGCUAAAUUGGGUUUGGUGGGGAAACGAACAGGGAAGAUAGCGGAUGUAUGGGCAAAUCGGUUCUGGCUUUUAACGACGAUCAUGGGAUUAUACAAGCUCCAUAUAAAGACCAUACCGAAAAUUGCCAAUUCAUCUGCAUCCUUGGACAAGAGGAGGAAUGAGCUGAAGGAGACCAAUUGGACAAAUAGGAAAUUAUUAGCGGAUCUUGCGUUCGUCUCAUACGACGUGUUCGAGUUGAACUUCCCAUUGUUAGAAGAACCUAUGAAAUGCUUUACUGGCUUGCUAUCGGGUCUAAUCAGCACAUUCAAGUUGUAUGAUCAGCAUUGGGAAGCAAGUGUAGGGAAGGGAUAG